AUGGGCUCACAAGAAAAACCACACAAGCCUCCAACCUAUAAAGCCUGCUCCCAGGAAGACGAAGUUCUCGAGUUACCUAUUGACGAUACCGAUCCAAGCCGGACCGCAAGGAUUGGUGUGUAUCUGUCUGAAGACAUGCAGCGGCCAGUUCUCAACUUUCUCAAGGCGAAUGUGUCCUCAUUCGCGUGGUCCAUGUCAGACAUGAAAGGAAUUGAUCCGGCCAUAACAACUCACGAACUAAACGUCGAUCUGACAGUCAAGCCUAUCAAACAGAAGAGACGCAAGCUCGGUCCCGAUAGGUCAAAGGCUGUAAACGAAGAGGUCGACCGGUUGCUCGGCGCUGGCUCAAUUGCUGAGGUGCGCUACCCUGAGUGGUUAACAAAUCCAGUAGUCGUCAAAAAGAAGAACGGGAAGUGGCCCGUCUGCAUCGACUUCACAGACUUAAAUAAAGCCUGCCCAAAGGACAGCUAUCCUCUUCCCAACAUCGACCGUUUAGUCGAGUCCACGGCUGGAAACGAGAUGCUCACAUUCAUGGACGCUUUCUCUGGGUACAACCAAAUCAUGAUGCACCCCGACGAUCGCGAAAAAACGGCAUUUAUCACGGAUAGAGGAACCUACUGCUAUAAGGUUAUGCCGUUCGGUUUGAAGAACGCAGGAGCAACCUAUCAACGGCUUGUGAACAAAAUGUUCGCAGACAAGCUGGGCAUCACCAUGGAAGUAUACAUCGAUGAUAUGCUUGUCAAGUCGCUACACGCCGCUGAUCACCUUUGUCACUUGCAAGAUUGCUUCGAAACUCAACAAAUACGGCAUGAAACUGAACCCAGCAAAGUGCACCCAGAUAUCGGCGACGUUCUAUCUCUUUACGUCGCAGUGUCACAAGCAGCAGUCAGCAGCGUUCUAAUAAAAGAGGACCGUGGUGAGCAAAAUCCAAUCUUCUAUACAAGCAGGUGCAUGACCGGACCAGAAACGCGAUACCCAACUCUGGAGAAGAUGGCACUGGCGGUCGUCGAAGCAGCGAGAAAGCUUCGCCCUUACUUUCAGUCACAUUCGGUGGAAGUAUUAACCGACCAGCCCCUCCGAACAAUACUUCAAAAUACAAACAGGUCCGGAAGACUAACGAAGUGGGCUAUCAAACUCGGUGAGCUUGAUAUCACUUACAAGAACAUAACCACAGCGAAAUCUCAGGUUCUUACAGACUUCUUAAUCGAAUUGGCCCCAGACCCAAACUGGACACUGCAUGUCUACGGAUCUUCGACUAACAGGGGCGCAGGUGCCGGAGUUCAACUACAAUCCCCGACCGGUGAACUGAUCAGACAGUCUUUUAGCUUCAGCUUUCCAGCCUCGAACAACGAAGCAGAAUACGAAUCUUUGAUCGCUGGUCUCCGCUUAGCAAAAGCUGUCAAGGCCAAACGCCUAAGCGCCUACUGCGACUCACAGUUAGUCGCCAGUCAGUUUAAUGGCGAUUACGACGCCCGCAACGAUCGGAUGGACGCCUACCUCAAGAUAGUACAUGGCUUAGCUGCAGAGUUUGAAUUCUUCGAACUCGUCAAAGUUCCCAGUGGAGAAAACGUCUGCGCCGACGCCCAUGCAGCCCUUGGAAGCAAGCUUCGGGACCAAGUUAAACGAACCAUUCCAAUACACCGCAUUGAGAAGCCGAGCAUCGAUAUCUCGAUCGACCAAACCAUUGUCAUUCCCCAGUCACCGAAGCCGACACGCUCGUUACCGAUGAAUUCGGCCCCGACUGGCGAACUGAGUUCAUCGACUAUCUCUCAAAGGGGGAACUUCCAACCGAGAAAUGGGCAGCCCGCCGACUAA